AUGGGGAUCCACGACCUUGAGAGCUCACUUGGUUUGAUGCAGUCUGUCGGAAGCUCAAAUGUGGAUGCAAGAAGCUACAGCCUCACUGCGCUGGCAGAUCUGCACACAUCCAUCAAACGAAUGAAGAAGGCCUUCCGGCCACAGCUUUCAGGGUCGUUCUCUGACCCUUCCAAGCUUCGAGCGGAGGCGGAUGCGCUCUUCGAUAGACUGGGGCCUCAGCUUUGGCCAGAUCCGGAGCAGGUCGAUACCUCCUCGUGGCUGUCCAACCCCAAGAUCGAUAACUUGAGUGGCCAUUGGCGCCACCACCGUGAGUUCAAAGUUCCGGCAGUUCGGGAGGAAUUAUGUGAGCAUCUUGUCCAGCUCAUCUAUGAGAAGUGCUACUACGAGAGACAGCAGAGCUCACAAGAAAAUGCUGUUUCAGCGGCUUCAUAUGUCCCUGAGAAAGGGGUAGAGACCGACUCUUCACCGUCUCCGGAACGAGGUGCCCCGUCUGAACUAGCUUCACCACGAUGCACACCACCAACAGCCUUGAUAGGAGGCAUCAUCAGGAAAUUCUCAAUAACUUCGCUCUCAGAAUUCGGUGAUGGCGAUAAUCUUUCGGCAGAACAAACUUCGCCCAAAGCUCUCGAGCCCGUUCCAGGCUCCGCCACUGGCGUUCUCCCAUCUAGCAGCGGCUACCGCGAUCGGACUGGACGAUCAGAACAAAACCAUUCGCCAGAGUCGACCAUGCCACCGCCUCCCCAACCUUCCGCUCACCGACCAAGCAAGAGGCCCAAGAGACCUCUGUCACCUUCAAGUCACGACCAAGCUUCAGCUCACGAACCGCCGAAGAAGCAAACGGAAUAA